CUCGCAUCCAGGUCGCUGGGUCUCCAAAUUCCCGGAAAAAGCCGCUACUCGUUUGUUCCUCUUUUUCACGUGAACACAUUUCUGACAGACUUUUGCAGUUACCGCUAGAUGUGAUGGAGUUAAAAAUUUAAACCCUAUUGUUUGUGAUUGUGAGGACUUAAAAUCUUUAAACACAGAGCUAAGUUGAUCCAAAGCGGCGAGGCCGAAUCCCAAAUGGAGCUCGACUUCACUGGUAAAGUGCACUACAAUCUGUUAUAAUGAGUACAGAGGGAGACACACAGCGCUUCUUCAGGACGUCUCAGGUUCCCGAUCCUCCUCUCUCACAGCUGUGUGAGGACAUGAAAAUGGAGACGUCAGAUGAAGGGACGCCUAAAGUUACAAAAGUCUGUGUAAAGAAAGAAGAGGACAUCUAUGACUACUGGGACAACUUCAAGAACACACCUGAAGAUAUCUGCAUUAAAGAGGAAAAGCCUGACCAUAAAGACUACCUCUGUAAAACAUCAUUUUUCUACUGUGAGGUUUGCAAAUCCGUCUUCUUCAACAAGUGUGAGGUUCAUGGCCCGCCUCUCUUCAUCCCUGAUACUCCUGUUCCCAUGGGCGUCUCUGACCGAGCCAGACUAACUCUUCCUCCUGGACUAGAGAUUCAAAAGUCCAGUAUUCCUGAUGCAGGUCUGGGGGUGUUUAAUAAGGGGGAGACUGUUCCAGUAGGUGCACAUUUCGGACCCUACCAGGGAGAACUAGUAGACCGAGAGGAAGCCAAGAACAGCGGAUACUCCUGGGUGAUCUACAGAAGCAGGCAGUGUGAAGAAUACAUAGAUGGUGCAAGAGAAGUUCAUGCAAAUUGGAUGAGGUAUGUGAAUUGCGCUCGUCAUGAUGAAGAACAGAAUCUUGUGGCAUUUCAGUAUCGAGGUGGAAUUCUGUAUCGGUGCUGUCGACCCAUUAACCCAGGACAGGAGCUCUUAGUGUGGUAUGAAGAGGAGUACGCCAAAGAUCUCAGUCCUGCUUUUGACUCCCUGUGGAACAAAAAGUCCUCCACGAAUGAAUUAAACAACACUCUCUUGCAAAGCUUUUCCUGCUCUACUUGUGCUCUUUCCUAUGCAUCUCAAAUUAAUCUUGACAAACACAUCCAGAGAUGUCACUGCGAAGAAUAUCUGAAACUGCGGGAAUCAGAAGAGAUUAAUGAGCUUCCUAUUUCCUCAAAUGGCUCCAGUCAGCCCAUAUCAUCUGAUACUCCCAGUUCUCACAAUGAUGUACAGAAAGCAAUUCAGCACUGCUCAGACUGUGGAAAGAGUUUUGCUGAUCAGAAUGCCCUCAAAUCACAUAAGUGCAUUAACACGGUAAAGAAGCCGUAUCACUGCUUACAGUGUGGAAAGAGUUUUACUCAGAAAUGUACUCUCAAAAGACACCAGCUCCUUCACACAGGAGAGAAGCCAUUUCACUGCUCACUGUGUGGAAAGAGUUUUACUCAGCAGUGUACUCUCGACCGACACCAGCGCCUUCACACAGGAGAGAAGCUGUAUCAGUGCUCACAAUGUGGACUGAGUUUUCCUCUGCAAGGUACUCUUCGAAAACACCAGCGCACUCACUUUAGAGAAGGGCUGUAUAAUUGCUCACAGUGUGGGAAAUGUUUUACUUGCAAGAGUCAUCUCCAGCGACACGAGCGCAUUCACACUGGCGAGAAGCCGCAUCGGUGCUCACAGUGCGAAAAGAGGUUUACCCAAUCCAGUACUUUAAAAAACCACCAACGCAUUCACACAGGAGAGAAGCCGUAUCAUUGCUCACAGUGUGGAAAGAGUUUUUCUCAGCGAGCUAAUUUCAAAGAACACAAGCGCCUUCACACAGGAGAGAAGCCGUAUCAUUGCUCACAGUGUGGAAAGAGUUUUAGUCAUAGAAGUAACCUUAAAGAUCACCAGCGCCUUCACACAGGAGAGAGGCCGUAUCAGUGCUUAGAGUGUGGAAAGAGUUUUAAUCGACCGAGUACUCUCCAACAACAUCAGCGUAUUCACACCAGAGAGACGCCAAUACCCCACUUACAGCAUAAAAAGACAUAAAUUUUUUUAGUUUAAUUAAGUACACUGACUUGAACAUGCAUGAUUUAAAAUUUAAAAAUUUUAUGUUUGUUGUUACUGUUUGUGCUGAAAAUGAUCUGUAUCUUAAAAUGCAUUUUUCAUAUUUUUAUGCAGACUUUCUGUGAAAGGCCAAAUAUGUAAAAUUACAGUUGUUUAAAAUGCUAUUAGAAAUGUUUUGUUUUGACCUUAAGUAGGUUGAGACAUACAGUAAAUGAUCAUUUUUAUUCAGUUAUGUGUAAUAAGUCCUAUUGGCCAUUGUUUAAUACCUCCAUUAUUAUGUUUAUCCAUUGUUCAAUACCUCAAUAAUUCCUCCAUCCAUAUGUCAGCUAUAACUAAGUGUUAGAUAGGGCAUGUGUAGCUCGACAGAGAGAAAGGUAGAGGUAUAGAGAUGGAGGAGAAGAGGAGAGAGCAGAGGAGAAGGAGAGAUGGCAGUUACUGUAGGUAUGGUCACAGUUACACAACCUACAAAGUGAAUGUUUAUUUAGUGCAGAGUGCAACAAGGACUCUGGCAAGACUAACUAUGACAGCAUAACUAAAAGGGAGAGCCAAAAAAAAACACAGACAUGAGGGCUCCCUGGGAUGUAAAACGACCAAUCACUUCACCGUCAACAAACCUGAGUGAUCAAUGAGAGUGGGGAAGACAGCAUCUCAAUAUACCAGUUCACCAUAAUACUCUACGUCCACGAGUCCCCCAGAUCUGCACCUUUACCUAAGGCAAAUCUAUUUACAAAAAUGCUUGACAAAAUAGUUUUUAGCCUAGACUUAAACACUGAGACUGUGUCUGAGUCCUGAACAUUAAUUAAAAGACUAUUCCAUAACCUUUGGGAUUAGUAAGAGAAAGCUCUGUCCCCUGCUGUAGUUUUCAUAAUACGUAGUACUGACAAGCAGCCUGCAUCCUUUGAUCGUAAGACACUAGCAGUUCACUCAGAUACUGUGGCACGAGAUCAUGAAAUGAAAUUUCACAUGAAGCCAAUGCAGUGUGGAUAAGAUAGGUGUGAUGUGCUCGUAUCUUCUGGUUCUUGUGAGGACUCUUACUGCUGCAUUCUGGACUAACUGAAGCGUGUUUAUGCACCUAGUUGAACAACCAGACAGUAAGGCAUUGCAAUAGUCCAACCUAGAGGUGAUAAAACCAUGAACUAGUUUUUCUGCAUUAAUAUAUUAAUUAAUAUGACAAUAUAUUAAUUAUCUUGGCAAAAUUGCUGAAUUGAAAGAAUGUUAUCCUGGUAAUAUUAUCUACAUGGGCUUCAAAUAAAAGACUGGAAUAUAUAAUCACAAAAGGUCUUUCACUUAUGCUAUUAAUUGAAUAGAAAAGCCACAGUGUGAUCAAAAAGCUUGCUUCUAGCUGCUUGUGGUCCUAUGACUAGACUUCUCUCUUAUCAGGAUUAAGCAGAAGGAAGUUACUUAACAUCCAAUAUAUUAUGUCCUGCACACAUUGCUCAACUUUAGUAAGCUGUUUUUUCUCAUCUGGUUUUGCUGAGACGUGUAAAUGUGUGUCAUCAGCAUAACAAUGAAAACUAAUACUAUGCUUAUGAAUUAUGUUGCCCAGAGAAAGCGGUAAUGAGCAUGGAAGCACAUAUUGUGCUAAUCCACUGAACACUUCUCUGCUUCUUACCUUCUUUAAAAAAAAAAAAAAAAAACAUUAAAUGCCAUAACAUUAACAUUGAUUAUCCUGAACAAACAAGGCUAAUUACUGCCCUAGUCAAAUGACGAGUUCAUUGUUUGCAGUGUCAUCAGCAUAACAAUGAAAACUAAUUCCAUGUUUUCGAAUUAGGUUGCCCAGGGGAAGCAUGCAAAGGGAAAAAAUUAGUGGGCCUAAAACUGAACCCUGUGGAACACCAAACUCCACUUGAGAACAUGAGGAAUGGUCAUCAUCUAAAUCUACAAACUGAUAACGAUCAAUCAAAUAGGAUCUGAGCCACAAGAGGGCGGUUUCCUUAAUUCCUCCUACAUUUUCUAAUCUGUAAGGGAGAAUACUAUGAUCAAUAGUAUCAAAAGCUGCACUGAGGUUGAGUAACGCAAGUAUAGUGACACAACCCUAAUCAGAGGCCAAUAGGAAGUCAUUUACUACUUUAACGAGUGCUGUCUCUGUGCUGUGAUGAGGUUUAAAUCCUGACUGAUACAGUUUGUUUAUGCUAUUUCUAUGUAGAUAUGAACAUAGCUGUGAUACUACCUUUUCCAGAAUUUUAGAGAUAAAGGGGAGGUUUGAUAUCGGCCUGCAAUUGAAAAGCUGACAUUAGUUGAGGUCAGGUUUCUUGAUUAGUUUAAUAACUGCUAAUUUAAGGGAUUUAGGAACUUACCCACUACUGACUGAACAGUUAAUUACUUUAACAGGGGUUCUUGCUGGAACUAUCUGCUUGAGAAAAUGUGUCGGUAUAGGAUUUAAAUCACAGGUUGAUGAUUUUGAAGAGGAGAUGAGUGAAAUUAGUUCUCUCGCUUCAAGGGGAGUAAUGUAUUCUAGGUUCUGAUGUUAUCUGAUUAGUUUAUUAUCUGUAUCACUUAAAUUGUCCGGUUUCAAAGCCUGAAUUUUUUGCCUAAUAUUAAAAAGUUUAUGUAAUCCUCACUACUGUUGUUGCUGUGGAAAAUUCUGCAGUGGUCUUGUUUUUAGUUAAUUUA